AUCACCCCAGGCUUAUAAACUUGGUCUAUAUUAAACACUACCAUGUUAAACAAUCAUAAAGUAGCAUUUGUUUCUAAAACAUGGCUUUCUUUGUUCUUUCACAACUAAAUUUGUUUCUGUCUUUAGUUCUGCUAAUUACUGUUAUUAUUACUCAUAAUUCAUAUGCAGCAGCUGAUGAUUCAGAAGACUCCAAAGGUUAUGUGUAUGCUCUUUGUCCUGAUAUGAAGACGGUUGCUCCUACGAGUGCUUACCAGAUCAAUAUAGACACUACUUUGUCGUACUUAUCAUCGAAUUCUACAGGCAAAACUCGAUUCUACAACACGACUGUAGGGAGCGGAGACAGUAAGAUAUAUGGUCUCUUCUUCUGUCGUCUUGAUGUUACUAAUGCUGCCUGUCAGAAGUGCGUCUCCUUGGCUAUUUCUGCGCUGAAAACGCGUUGUCCUGGGAAGAAAGAAUCCAUUGUUUGGUACUUUGACCAAUGUGUGACCCGGUAUUCAGAGAAGCCGUUUCUUGGCACUAUGCAUGAUGCUCCUAUGAUACCGAUGUGGAACAGGCAGAACUCGCUAGACAUUUGGAAUGUUACGAGUAAUAUGACAGGGUUUAUGGAUGUGCUAAUAGAAAGUCUGAAUGAUGCAGCAGAUAAUGCCUCAAGUGGAUCACCAGACAAGAAAUUCGCGACACAAGAAAUAACUUUUGCUGAUAACUUGACGAGCUUAAACACCAUCUACACGCUUGCAGAGUGUACACCUGAUAUAACCUUGAGGGACUGCAAAAGCUGUCUUCGUGUUACAAUUAAUAACAUCACAGAACUGUGCAAUGUUAAGGCAGGUUGUACUCUUAUGUGUCCAAAUUGUAAUAUACGGUAUGAUACUUAUCCUUUCUAUGGAGAUGCAAUGGAUAAUUCUUCGAAUCGAUCAGCAGGAACUCAUUCACAAUCUAUAAGGAAGAAAGACGCAGUACGUAUAGGUGCCAUCGCUGGUGCAGCUUUAGUAGUGACUCUUGUUUUCACGGUUAUAUUAUUUGUAUGCAGGAGAAAGUCCAAGAAAGCACAUAAAUAUGAUGAUUCAAGUGACAUUGAUGAUACCACAGAGUCCCUAAAAUAUAACUUCAAAAAAAUAAAAUACGCGACUAAUAAUUUCUCAGAAGAUAAAAAGCUGGGAGAAGGUGGAUUUGGUGAAGUUUUCAAGGGAAAGCUUGAAUGUGGACAAGAGAUAGCUGUAAAGAGGCUAUCAAAGAACUCGAGACAAGGUGUUACUGAGUUUAAGACAGAAGUUCUUUUAGUUGCAAGGCUUCAGCACAGGAAUCUGGUGAAACUCUUGGGAUUUUGCAUCUCAAAAAAGGAGAAGUUACUUGUUUACGAGUACUUGCCAAAUUUAAGUCUUGACCAGUUUCUGCACGAUCCUACUAAGUGUGCAGCAUUGGAUUGGGAGACGAGGUUCAAGAUCAUAUGCGGAAUUGCAAGAGGACUACUCUAUCUUCAUGAAGAUUCUCGGCUGAAGAUCAUACACCGGGAUCUUAAACCAAGUAAUGUGUUGUUAGACAAAGAUAUGAAUCCAAAAAUCUCUGAUUUUGGCAUGGCAAGGCUUUUUGGAGCAGAUGAAACCCAGGGAAAUACUAACAAAAUUGCUGGAACAUUUGGAUAUAUGGCUCCGGAGUAUGUUUUAACUGGCCACUACUCUGUCAAAUCAGAUGUGUACAGUUUCGGUAUAAUAGUCUUGGAGAUCAUUAGUGGUCAAAGGAACAAGUUCAGCAGACUAGAUAGUGAACAUGGAGAAUCACUACUUCAUCGUGCAUGGAGGCUAUGGAAUGAAGAGAUUGCAAUGGAGUUGGUUGAUAAAGCCAUCGGAAAUGCUUUCUUAUCCGAAGAGGCAGCAAAGUGCAUCCACAUUGCGUUGUUGUGCAUCCAAGAAGAAGCCGCGAGAAGGCCAAGAAUGGCAUCAGUGGUUGCUGCACUUAGUGGUGAUGCUAUAGUUCUGCCUACGCCUACACCGCCUCAUUUUUUCACAGCCGGUUCUUAUGGAUUGGAAGACUCUGGGGUAGAUCAAUCUGGCUCAACAUUUUCUGGUUCAAGAAACAUUACUAUUGUGGAUCCUCGGUAACUUUUACUGCAUGUUUAGUAAUUAGUGACAAAUUUUUUAUGGACUGUAUUUGGUUAAACUAACAUGUUAACAUUUAUCAAAAGGAAAAAAAAAAACAUUUAAUCAUAUUUUUGAUAGGCUCAUAUUAUUCUUGUAGGAAUAUGUCCUCGCUAUUCUCUGAUUUAUAUUUAUGACCAAAUGUAGUAAUGUCCCUCCUGAAAAGAGCAUAUUUGAAAAUAAGAACUAUAAUUGUAUUUAUUACAAUUGUCAAUUUGAUAAUGAAUAUAGGCUUUCGUAUGAUAUGUUAGUCAACAAAUGAAAGUAGAAAUGAUUCAAAUAUCAAAUAAAAUUGGAAAAAGGUAGCUAGAAAAGAUGCAAAAGAUGCCAUUUGGGCCGGACUACCUAUACAUAAUGGGCCGGGUCACGUAUCAUCCCCUCAUUGUUGUACCAGUUACAUAUACUUGCUUUACCUCUAACUGAUAUGGC